AUGUCAAAGACGACAUCCUAUUCAACGAAAUCGAACCCCACGGCCGCUACAACUGUAGCUACCGGAACAACCUCGAUUACCCAGCCUAUGAGUACCUCAGAUCAGACUACAAGGAACCACGCCGAGCUGGAUAAUAUCUCCCGGUACCGGGAGAGUCCGUCCUGGAUGGAGCCGUAUUAUGCUGCCGAGCGCAUGAAGGAUAGGGAGGGUCAUCGGAGACGCAUUGGAGAUGUGAUCAAAGGGGUGGAGGGCAUCCUGGGUCUGGAACCAGAACGGCCAUAG